GUGCACAGAUAAGAACUUAUUAAUUUCCUUAUCAGAAGUGCUUUAGGAAAAAACUUGCUGCCUUUUAUAGCAUUCAGAAUUGAAAGUCAUUGAAGCUAGACGUAAAAUCCAAAAAUGGAAAACUUUGAAAUUGUUCAGUCAGAAUUCGGUCCAAUUAAGGGCAUCCAUAAGAAAUUAGCAUUGGAUACUGAAUGCAUCGUGUUCCAAAGUAUUCCUUAUAUGAAGGCACCGGUUGGAAAUUUGAGAUUUCGUGAAGCAAGACCGACUGACAAAUGGGAAGAGCCAUUAGAUGCAACAGGUGAGAUUUUGGCAUUUCCUUCAUUUUAUGAAGGAAUUGGAGCAAUUGGACAAGAAGAUGCUGGAAUUUUGAAUGUGUUCACGAAAAACCUUAAGCCUGUGAAGCCGACGCCAGUCAUGGUUUGGAUUCACGGAGGUGGAUUCUUCCUUGGAAGCUCAAAAACUGAUACUUAUGGACCAGAUUACUUCAUGCAAGAAGAUGUCGUCUUUGUUUCAAUCAACUAUCGUUUAGGAGUUCUAGGGUUUUUGAGUCUCGAUGACGAAUCUUUGAAUGUUCCUGGAAAUAACGGAUUAAAAGAUCAAAUCUUUGCUUUGAAGUGGAUCAAGAAAAAUAUUGCAAAUUUCGGUGGAGAUCCCAAUAACAUCACAAUAUUUGGUGAGAGUGCUGGCGGUGCCAGUGUCCAUUUUCUCUGCAUAAGUGAGCAAUCGAAAGGUCUAUUCCAACGUGCAAUUGCUAUGUCAGGAACAGCUUUAUGCAAAACAUGGGCAUUGAUUCCUCAAUCAACCUGCAGAAAACAUGCUGAAAUAUUAGCUGAGAAACUCGGAUGGACUGGAAUGAAAGGUGAUCAGAAAAGUUUAUUAAAGUUCCUCGAAAAUGCUUCUGCUGCAGAUCUAGCUAAAGUUACUAAUGAUAUAUUGUCUGCUGAAGACAAGUUGAAAUUCGGAUUUUAUUCACCUUUUGUACCUGUUGUUGAGCCUUAUAUUUCUAAGAAUUGUCUCAUUUCUGAAAAUCCAUUGAACAUGAUGGAAACCUGUUGGACUAAUAAUAUUGACAUUUUAUUCACCGGUAAUUCUCUUGAAGGAGUUUUGAGAAAUGAAGGAAAAUUAGAGCUCGGAAUAGAAAUUUUUACCAAUCCAGCAUACGUCUUACCGCUCUUAGAGCUGAGGUUAGAUCAAUCUGAUGAUCAUGCUAAAGAAUUAGGUUUAAAGAUCAAAAAUCUUUACUUCAAUGAUCAAAUGGAUCCAAAAGAGUCGUUUAUAAGACAUGGAAGUGAGCUGAUGUUCUGGAAUCCAAUUUAUAGAACCAUAAAGUCAAGAAUUGAAUAUGCGAAAGGAAAAUCUUAUCUUAUUAGAUUUGAUGCUGAAGGUGGACGGAAUUUCGUUAAACAAUUUUUCAAAUGCUCACAAUAUAAAGGAGCUGGACAUGGAGAUGAAUUGGGUUUUAUAUUCACCUCAGUAAUGUUUCCAACUCUCGAACUCGAUUCUGUGGAUUAUAAAAUCAUGAGAAAUUAUGUAAGCAUUUUGACGAGUUUCGCUAUUACUGGAUCACCGAAUUCUGAUGAAAUUAAACCUUUAUCUUUUGUGGAACUUAAUGAUUCUGACAAUAUUAAAUGUUUGCAAAUCACAGAGAGUUCGUUGAGAGUAAUCGAUCUACCAGAAGCUGAAAAAUUGAAAAUCUGGGGUACAAUCUAUGAAAAUAAGUAAAACUUUUAAAUAACUGUAUGCUUUAUGCUCCAUAUAAAUGUUGUUGAUCAAUAAAAUUGUCAUUCAAAACGCUUAUAAGCGUUUAUUUUAUCUACUAAUAAUAUACGUGUUGUACACGAAUGUACAAAUUGGUACAAAUACAAUCAAAGACUUACAAUGUCUACACUGGUCUACACAAUACAGCUGGU